AUGGUUACCCGAUAUGAAGCAGAAUACCUGCUGUACUUAAGGCAGUCGCCAUUAUGUAUAAAACCUUCGAAUCUUCCUCCAGCUGAUGAGUGGAUGGGACCCCCACCUGAGCCCAAUCGCACCCAGAACAAGGUUACCGCCGACCGACCUCGAUCGAAUGAUAAUCCCCUUUUGGAACAAACCAACCGCCGUCCUGGUGUUGAACGACAUGUCUCAAGGAACAGUGCCAACCCUGAAGACCUCGUCUUUGCACCCCCACGAACAGCUUUUGCCUCAGCGCGAGGUAAAUCUACACUUGAACCUGAUAAAGUUGUCAAAGAACCCGAGGCCUUAGGCCGUUUCGGCAACUUCCGAAGUCGCAACGGAGACUUAGACGCCGAUCGAUUUCGCGAUGGUCGCAACAGCAAUGGUUUCCGUCGCCGCGAUGGCGAGAACGAAUCAGAUGGCUGGAGUACGGUGAAGCCGCGCAAGAGUUUUGGACACGAAGGUGCCGAGCGUUUCCAUGGUCGUAUGGGAGGUAACCUCCGAGAUGAAAAGCGACAGCCCAAGGAUCGUGAUGACCGUGACGCUACUCGAGACCGACCUGCACGGAAUUUGGAUGGUCUCAAUAGAGACGCAGAGGACAAUGAUGGGCGAUCUCGAAACGGACUCAACAGAAACAAAUCCGAGCCUUGGUACAAGAACGAGGCCAAUGCAGCCGCCCCGCCUCCCACCGAACCGACCACCACCACCCCCGACAAGCGUGAGCGUAUUGACCGCGCGAAAAGUUGGAGAGAUCGCAAUGCUGUCGACGAUACACCUGAUGAUCGCAAUAGCAACAACAACAACCGUACGAACGAUAGACGCUGGGGACGGGAUCGUGACCAGCGGGCUGAGCGUGAGCCUGAAUGGCUAGACGAACCGCUUGAGGAACAUCCUGAGGCUCAUACGCAGCAGGAUUUCCAGAAGUGGAUGGAAGAAAUGAAGAAGGCGAAGGCUGGAAUCCCCAGUAAGCCUGCGAAUGUUGAAGCGGCAGAGGCAAUGAUUGAGGCUGAGAAGCCCCCCGUUCAAUCUGCUCCAGCUGCCCAGGUACCCGACAAGUUCUUCGAGGCCUUCAAAACAGGUACCGGCCUUGAUAGUCCACGUGUUGAGGAGAACACAAACCCUGUUGCGAAGCCAAAGCCGGCCGGAAAAUCCUCGAGAUUCACAUCUUUCUUCAACCAACCGCAGGAAGAGACUCGAGGUAAGACAGAACCUCCGACUCCCAUGACUGGACCCCCUGUCCACAGCGGUGUACCCCUGCCUAUGCCUAUGCCUUUCCCUGGCGGUCCUGGCGGCCCUGCUCCCUCCGGUGGCCCCGAUGAUGAGCGACAAGCUUUUAAACAAUUGCUUGCGAAACUGCAGAAGCAGACUAUGAGCGCUACACCCCCAGGCCCUUCACCCUUUGCUGCUCCUCAAGGCACCCCGCCAAAUGCUGGCAGACCAAAUGCAAUCACCUCCCCCGAUUCGCCUUUCCAGCAAUAUGGACCCGAUCGACGCAUGGAGGGUCCCCUGGGCCGACCCCCGCCUCACCAUGUUCAAGAGAUUCUUGCCCCGCGACCUCAGCAACAAGCUGCUCGCCCCGAACAGCUUCUGCAGGAUCUUGUUGGUCAACGCCAGCGCGAACCUAGUCAAGGCUCCGGUCGUCCCGACGCUGCUCGUAACAACAGCAACACCGAGUUCUUGAUGAACCUCAUGAGAGCACCCCCGGCCCCAGAUGCCCAGCGCAAUGAAUUGUUGAUGCGUAUGGGUCCGCAGCAACAAAAGCCAGGACAGAUGCCUCAAGAACCCGAUUUCUCCAGGGACGACCGUGGCCCCCAACGUCAAAUGCGACCUCAGCCGCCCCCUGGCUUCCCUAUGGAGGAACGAUUUCACAACCCUCCUGACGCUGAUGCUCGACCCAACCAGCCUACGCAGAUUCUGCAGCGCCCACCACCUCCUCCAGGCCUGGACCACCAGAUGCCGCCCAGCUGGAUGCCCGGCGGCCAGAUGCCUCCUCCCCAGCAACGAGGGCCUAUGAUCCCUCCUCCGGGGCUUCCUGGAGGUCUUGGCGGCCCCGGCCCUAACCGCAACAUGCCUAUGCCUCAUAUGUUCCCUCCCAAUUUCCCACCCGGUGUGAUGCCUCCUCCUGAGGCUCUAGGUGGCCCUCCUCCCCGCAACAUGCCGCCUCCACCCCCAGGUUUCUUCGGCGGCCCACCUCAUGGCUUUAUUCCACCUGGCCUUGGCGGCUUCAACGGACCUCCUGGGCCAGAGUUUCCCGGUAGCCCCUUUGAAGGACGUGGCAUGCCCCCCGCCGGCAAUGGCCGCGGUGCCGCCUUCGGAAGACCUUAA